AUGCGUGAUUCACCAGAAACACUUGAAUGGUAUGAAGAAUGUAUUCAACGAAAUGUUCAAAUACAUGCUCAAAUUCCUACUGAAUAUCAACCAUCGAUUAUUUAUUGUCAUACGGGUCGUCAGUCGAUAAUAACACCAGCUAAACGUGCUGAACAACGAAAAGUGUCGAUGGGAGGUACGAUAGAAAAAUCUAAAGUAGUAUUAGAUCAACCAGAAUCAAACGUACAGAAAGAUAUGUCUACAUUCAAUAGUGGUUUUAUUGAACGUUUUAGUCAACCACUGUUUGAUUUUCAAUCUAUAGAACCUACAUCAACAAAUCAAACGGUAACUGAUUUAAUUAUGCAUACAGUAACAACUUCUCAAAAGACAAAUUUAUUAGAAGCAUUAGAAGAAUUAUUUUCUCAAGAAAAUCUUGAUACAUAUCAAAUAACUGAAAGUCAUUGGCAAGAUAUAUUUCUUAUAUUACUUAAUUCAUAUCUUCGUUCACAUUCAUUAAAUCGUAAAGAAAUUUUUCAACGAUUAACAGAUAAACUUCAUGAUUUAAGAAAAAAAGAACGUCGACGUUCAUCAGAUUUUUAUCCAAGUAUUUCUGUAGCAUCAUUAGCAAUUGAUGAAACAAUAAAUACAUCAAAUGAAUCUGAUACAAUAGAAACUAAACGAAAAAGUUUUCACUUUGGAUUAAGAUCAUCAUUUGAUAGUAUGAAUAGUGGUCAAAGUCCAAAUGAUUCAGAAUAUAAUACUUUACCAGUCACCACAGAUCAACAAAGUAUUACUGGUCAAGAUAAAAUACUUUCAUCAACAAAUAACAAUCGUUUAAUACAAUCAUUCUCACAAAAUCAUUCAUCUAUACGAAAGUCUAAAAUAGUCUCUCAUGAUCAUAGUCAUGAAAAAUACUUUCAUUUUCAAUCAAACAUGGAUAAAGCUAAUGCAAAUUCAAUAGAACACAUGAACAAAAAUCCAUCUGCUACAAGACAACAUGUAUCGAUUAAUUCAAAUGCUGUUAAUGAAUAUCAAUCUUCUUCAGCUUCUAUGAAACAUCGUCGAUAUAAGAUUACUGUUAUGCAUACUGAUGAAUCAUUAGAUGUACCUUCAAAUCAAUAUAAGACAUCAACUGAAGUAAUAUUUACAAUUUUUUUUUUUUUCGUCAUAACAAACUUUAUAUUUUUCGUGUAG